GCGGAAAAACGAAAACAAAUUUUUUUUAUUUAUUUCCUUUCUCUCUCUAAUCUCCAUUCGACCUUCCUUUUCGAAAGGCCAGAAAUCGAGUAAAAGGAGUGGUUCAGAUCUUCUCUGCCAUUUUUCCCCACUUCUUCGAUAUGGGCUCUCUUCCUCUUCUAUAAAUUAUCCUCUGCGGCUCCAUUCAAUUUCUGAGAGGCAAUUCAUCUCUGUCUUGGUUUCUUCUCCAAGACAGGAUUUUUCCAAUUAUCUUUUUUCUGUUUUUCUUCAAUUGGUUUGAUAUUUCCGAAGAAGGGUGCGUGCGUUUAGCUGUAAUGAAUUCUUGUUCUCUGCGAAACCCAUCUUACCCGAAACCUAGAUAACCCAUCUCCUACCUAGGCCACCACUAACCUCUUCUUCGUUAUACAUUCAUUCCCUAUUAAGCCAUGGCCAUUGCUUUCCCUCGUUUCGUCUGCUCCGAGAGUUCUUCCAUUGAGGAAGUUAUCGCGGCUUCCUCUUCAUCUUCGAUUCCUUCACCACCUCCCCAACCUGUGUUUCUGACUCAGGAUGAGUUGAAGCAAAUUGCUGCCUAUAAAGCUGUUGAGUUUGUUGAGUCAGGGAUGGUUUUGGGACUCGGAACUGGGUCCACCGCCAAGUAUGCUGUCGAGCGGAUUGGCGAGCUUCUGCAGCAGGGGAAGUUGAAGAACAUCGUUGGAAUACCCACCUCCAAACAAACCGAGGAGCAGGCCUUGUCUGUGGGAAUUCCUCUUUCGGAUCUUGAUUCGCAUCCGACUGUUGAUCUUGCUAUUGAUGGUGCGGAUGAGGUUGAUCCUUAUCUCAAUCUCGUCAAGGGCCGAGGUGGGUCCCUUCUCAGGGAGAAAAUGAUCGAGGGUGCGUGCAAGAAGUUCGUAGUUAUUGUCGACGAGUCCAAGCUGGUACCUUAUUUGGGUGGUAGCCUCCUUGCCAUGCCGGUGGAGAUUGUGCCCUUCUGCUGGAAGUUCACGGAGGAGCGGUUGCGGAGGUUGUUUCAAGAUUCUGGUUCUGUUACCAAGCUCAGAACUUUCAAGGAUAGUGAUGAGCCGUUCGUGACUGAUAAUGCAAAUUAUAUCGUGGACUUAUACUUUGAGAAGGAUAUUGGGGAUCUAAAUGUUGCUAGUGAUUUGAUUCUGCGACUUCCAGGCGUUGUUGAGCAUGGAAUGUUUCUCAACAUGGCCACCACUGUUAUUGUUGCUGGCGAGCUUGGAGUCACGGUGAAGAACAAGUAGGCUUGGUAGAAGAUUGUUCUCAAUGUAGUAGUUUUCCCCAAAUCAAGCUUUAGAUAGUAGAUAACUUACAUAUUUUGGCAAAUUGAUCAUUUUUGGUUGCUGUUGGUCCUCGGAAAUUGUUGCUAUUGCCAAUACUGUUAAAGAGAAGGAUGUUCUUCCGUAUCAAUUUAAAUAAAUACUGGGGCAAUUGUCCUCGGAAUUUUGAUA